UUGGAUUGGUUCGGUUCCGCUGAAGCUAGUCCUUUGUCUCUAUUUGCUUCGGUGUAGGGACAAAUAAAUUUUGUAGCUGAGUCAAGUUCUUGGAUCAAUGGAAGUUGGGUUUAGAACCUUAACUCUGAUGUUGUUUUGUUAGUUUUUUAUGCAGGUUCUCUUAGUGACGAUUAUGAAGAGUUGUAUUUUACCUUGUUUGAGGUUGCCCCUAAACCAAACUCAAUGGAUUCUUUUGUUUGGAGGCGAGAUGUUGAGGACCAUUCUGUUAAAUCCGCACAUUUCAGGUUGUCUUCCAUCCCAGUUAUGGAUGAAGGUUAUCACUUGGAGUUGGAUUGUUAUUUUGCUCUAAAGUUUGUUUGGAAAUCGCUUGUGCCAAGUAAGAUUCAAAUCUUUGGUUGGAGACUGCAUUUUAGUAAGCUCCAAACUAAGGAUGCUCUAGUUCAUCGAGGUGUCUUUAUAGGUGCUCAUGAUUUGGUAUGCCCCUUCUGCCUUAGACAAGAAGAAUCACAUUCCCACCUUUUCCUUUUAUGCCCGAUUUCUAUGCGUGUUUGGUAUCUAACUAGAGCUUGGUUAGGUUUGGGAGGUGUACCUCAAUGUGAUUCUCUCCUAGACCAUUUGUUAGCUUGGAACAUCAUCUUGAAAGGUCGUAUAAAAAAGAACUUGUGCCUUCUUUUUUGGGUUUCUGUUUCUUGGGCAACUUGGUUAAGAAGAAACCAUAUUAUUUUUAAGGAUGGUCUUAAAGAGGCGAAGGAUGUUUUCUCUUUAGUUAAGUCUCUUGUUUGGGAGUGGUUCGGGGAAACUUGUAAAUUCAAUGUUAUAGCUGACUUUAGUGUUUGGGCUUCCAUAUCAGUUUCAUGUAUCGUGUAGGUUUUUG